CGACGCAAUGAAAGUGGUAAUUUCCAGUUGUCACCAGACUUCCGACAACGCGCCUCUUCGAAUGCCAGUUCCUGCGGACGCCUCAGUCCGAUUCCAGCGCUAAUAGGACUCGAGCCAGAUUGGAGCUUUGGUGCUGACUACACAAAUACAACCAUAACGCCGGCACAGUCAGCGUCAAUGGAUCAAUUAGCCGGUUCGAUAGCGGACGUAAAAUUGCCAAAGGAUAUUCUGCAAGGGUUUAGCGCUGCCUCGGGUAUACCCACACAGCCGCCACCCCCCUAUCAGCCGCCACAGACAUACAGCUUGAAUGGGCCCGUCGUGUCACAGGGUUAUGGCUUACAGGCCCAACAGUGCAUGUUGCAUCGCUCUCUGACGUGCAGCUGCUUGCAUAAUUCACGCGACGGUCUGUCACCUAAUUCUGUCACAACAACCAUGUCUCCCGCGUAUCCGAACAGCGAACCAUCGUCGGACUCUUUGAACACAUACAGUAAUGUGGUUUUAGAUGCCGGCAGCUCUGCUGGCGUUGCGAAUGAUAAUGGCACCAGUUUAUUGGUUCAACAGCAACGACAGCAACAACAGCAGCAGCAGCAACAGCGACAAGUGCAGCAGCAACAACAGCAACAGCAACAACAACAACAACGUCAGCAGCAGCAACAACAGUCACUUAGCACAAAUUUGGAAGACAACAACUGCGCAUCAACACUUAUCGGGCAAUGCAUGGAAGCACUCAAUAAUGAGCCACAAAUUGACGAAUUUACACUAGACAGCUUUCAACCUGGCCUAGAGUGCAAUCUGGAGGAAUUAAUCCGACAGGAGAUGAGCAUUGAUGGCAUGUUGGAUAUCAACAUCCCAUUCCCAUCUGACCCCACAGCUGUUGGCAAUGACAGUACAAAUAUUGUUAAUAGCGCCCUCGGCGGGGCGAAUAAUGCGCAGCACCAGCAGCAGCAACAACAACAACAACAACAACAUCAUCAGCAGCAGCAAUUGAAUCAGCUGCAGGCACAGUUACCCCAGCAACAGCAGCCACAAUUGAUGCCAUCGCUGCUCAAUAGUAUCGCUAGCAAUAACAACAACAGCAUUGUAAAGCCACCAUCUUGGGUGCACUAGAGGAGUGGGCAGCGCUGGAGUGAGCAGUUAGUUUAAUAAAUAACAAUAACAAAACAUUUUUAGCUAAAUAAAGUGGUAACCUAAGAAAUGGAUUUGCAUGUAAAAAGAAGAAAAAAUAAAAGAAACGCAGGAAAAAAGCGCGGAAAGUAGCAUGAGUGAAUCGGUUGCGAAUGCGAAUACCCGGCGAUUGGGCAACUGUCUGAAGCUGAUGGGACUUAGAGUUGGGUGUGUAUGGGUUUCUGCGUGCCACAUGCCGGGAUACUUUGUAGCGCAUUACCAAUUUUGCAUGCAAAUACUUUUAUAGUACUACUCAGUACUACAAGUACUACAUACCCGUACAUGCAACCAUAGAAGUUAAUAGUUGAUGAAUUGAUUUAAUCUAUUCUCCCAACCCACAUACAUACAUAUGUAUACAUGUAAGAAUAAUGCCAACGAAUUGCUUCUACCCACAAGUCAAAUCAAACCCAAGUUCGAAAAGAAAAUGAAGAAAUGAAAAAAAUCAAAAGAAAACAUAUGUCAUAAGGAUUAAGAUAGAUAAUUGGAUGGAUAAGAAAUAAAACUAAGCAAAAAAA